AGUCUUUUAUUUUAGAAGUUUUGAACUUUGCUCUUCAUAUAUUUACUUAUUUUUAAACCAUGUUUGAAUUUGAUGUGUGUCCUCGAUGCCUAGCACGGAAUCAAUGUAUUUUGUACUGCGACGAGUCAACGCGCAGACGAAGGUACUUUGCAUUUUAAACGGCCGGACUCCAGGACUAGAGGAAGCGGCGCAAUACACCUGGUGGGGCAGCCUCGACACGCGGUUAUCACUUCUCUUUUCGUGGAACUGUGGACCUACGGUAUGGUAGUCACCCCGUGGGAUGGGGAAUAUAGUUCGUAAAGGGAAAAACGUCAUUGUGGACAAAACUCAAAUGAAAGGAUUGUCAAACUGGAAGUCAGAGGAAAGCAAAGAGAUCCAGCAGCCAGGGCAGGAUGUAGACGAAGACAGAGUGGUAGCUAAUUUGUCUGUGAGCAAACGCAACAGAGACAACUGGGAGAAGAACACACAGUUUGGCAGAGUGCAACAUCUGCUUGAAAUGGGCAAAGAAGAUAAAACCUUACAUUCAUAUGACUAUGACCUUAUAGUCAUUGGAGGUGGAUCUGGAGGCUUGGCGGCUGCAAAAGAAGCAGCUGGAUUUGGUAAGAAGGUGAUGGUUCUGGACUAUGUGACACCUUCUCCCAAAGGAACGAAAUGGGGCCUUGGAGGAACAUGUGUCAAUGUUGGUUGUAUUCCUAAAAAACUCAUGCACCAAGCAGCAGUCUUAGGUGAAGCCAUUUCUGACUCUCGGAAAUUUGGCUGGGAUGUUCAAGAACAGGUAUCACAUGACUGGGACCUCCUUACCCAAGCUGUUCAAAAUCAUGUCCGCUCCUUAAGCUUCAACUACCGUAAAUCUCUGAUGGACAAGAACGUCACCUAUCUUAAUGCUUAUGGAAUGUUUGUUGAUGAACACACAGUAAAGGCAACAGACAAGAAUAUGAAGGAGACCUGCCACACAGCAGUGGACUUCAUCAUAGCUACUGGAGAGAGACCAAGAUAUUUAGGCAUUCCUGGGGACAAAGAACUCUGCAUUACCAGUGAUGACUUGUUUUCUUUGCCACAUAGCCCUGGGCGGACACUGGUGGUUGGUGCCUCUUAUGUAGCCCUGGAGUGUGCAGGCUUUUUGGCUGGGCUAGGCCUGGACGUCACAGUCAUGGUACGCUCCAUCUUGCUCAGGGGAUUUGAUCAGCAAAUGGCAAACAAGAUUGGAGAAUACAUGGAAGAGCAUAGCAUUUGUUUCCUCCGGGAGAUGGUGCCCACCAAGAUUGAAAGGAUUGAAGAAGGCACAGCAGGAAAGCUCAGAGUCACAGCAAAGUCUGUUAAAGAUGGAGAAAAUCACGAAGGAGAAUAUAAUACAGUUUUACUUGCGAUUGGAAGAGAUGCCUGCACUCGCUCAAUAGGACUGGAAAAUGUCGGAGUGAAACUUAAUGAAAAGACAGGAAAAGUGCCUGUGAAUGAGAAAGAGCAAACAAAUGUGCCACACAUCUAUGCUAUUGGAGACAUAUUGGAGGGCAAGUUGGAGUUGACACCUGUGGCAAUUCAAGCUGGGCGACUUCUGGCAAGGAGGCUGUAUGGAGGGCAAAACACUAAGUGUGACUACAAUAAUGUUCCAACUACAGUGUUCACACCUCUGGAAUAUGGAGCCUGUGGCCGGUCUGAGGAAAAAGCCAUUGAGGCGUUUGGAGAGGAAAAUAUAGAGGUAUACCACAGUAGCUUCUGGCCACUGGAAUGGACAGUUCCAAAUAAAGGCAAAGAUGCAUGCUAUGCAAAAAUAAUCUGCAAUAAACAAGAUAAUGACAGAAUUGUAGGUUUUCAUAUCCUGGGACCAAAUGCUGGUGAAAUAACUCAGGGCUUUGCAGUUGCAAUGAAAUGUGGGAUGACGAAGGUUCAGCUUGAUGACACCAUUGGCAUCCACCCUGUGUGUGCUGAGGUGUUCACCACAAUGUUCAUAACUAAGCGUUCAGGGGGCAGCAUCUCGGCCAGUGGCUGCUGAGGCUAAAACCCUGCUGUUGGUUCUUGUUGUCAUUCAUGGGUUUGGCCACCACUAUAGAAUUCAUCAAGAAUAUCAAUUGGGGAAGCACAUUUGCAUUUUCCUACAUUUACCUGAUAAAUGUGGGACUAUGGCACAUGGUGGCAUACGUCACACCCUGACAACAAGGACAACAGCAGGGAGGAAUGGCCCUUUUCCCAUUUCUGGCAUGCACCCCACUGAGUCACAGCUUACCUUGGAAAGGUAUGAUGAUGUCUGUGCCUGGAACCUACAUUUGGAGGAGGGCUCUGACUGAAGAACAACUGCUGGCAUGGUGGGGAAUGCUGGACUAGAUUUUCAUUGUAGUGCAGUGCUUAGACAAGAAUGAAUCAUUUACUUGACACAUGUGAUGUUAUACAUAAGUCAGUGCAGGGAGGCAGGGACUGGAGCCUAUCCUGGCAGCACUGGUGCAAGACAAGAAAAAACCCUGGACAGGGGCCAGUCCUUCACAGGGCUGCAUGCUACUUUAUAAAUUUUAACUCACUUUAUGUUUUAGGUUUUCUUGUCUUUAGAAAUGCCAUACUUAACUUUUUUUUCCCCCCAACAUAAAAAAUAUGGCUCAUGCAGAGCAAGACAUUGGUUAUAUUGAAUUGUAUAUCUUGCACAAAAAAUACAUAAAAUUUUAUAUUUAUGAAGUACACAGAAAAGUAUAUUUGACAUUUUCUAGACUUGCACAAAAGGGGUGAAUUGCACUGUAAUUACAAAAAUGAUACGACUGAAUGAAGAAGUUCAUCUAGGUAGGUUACUUUCUUUAAGGUGUCCACCGUCACUGUUGCUUUAAUUGAUUGAUAUGUUGGUUUUACAUUUAUGACACAGAGAUUAGUGUUGCUGCCAUAAAUUUGCAGUGACCAGGGAACUGAUGCUUGGUCAGGUGUAUAUUUACCUCUAUUUCAUAUCCUGCCUCUUAGUGUCUUCCUAUCGUUACUUUCUUUAUGAAUCUAUGGACAUCCUACAAGACACACUAAAACGCACUAUUGUACACUUUGCUGUGUUUCUUGUACAGUAGGUUUUUUUUCCGUCUCUGAUGCAUCUUUAGGAUUGCUAUCAACAAGAUUGUCAUCAUAAUUAACAAAGUGGGGACUGCACUACCAGAGCACAUCUUGCAGGUCAGCAAUAUGUCUAUAAGUAACCUGAAAUGAGCCCAGUGAUUUUUUUUUUUUCACAUUGUAACAGCCGACCCCUUACCCAGCCGGCAGCUACACCUCCAAGACCUGUGGCCUGGAUAAAUUACUGAGGUGUAUCUUAUAAAAUCAAGCUGUACCUCUAACAAAUCCAAUUUUUCCCACAAUCGAUGGAUUAAAUAUAGGCACACAAAAGCAGAUAUGUAAAAUUAAGUAAUUAAUUAUAUUAAAUAAAAUAAAAAAUAUA